AUGAACUCCACUUUCUUAGAAACAAACAUUCCUCUGACAGGAAACCCUAAUUUUACUUUUCCCCUUCUUUACUCACAUUUCAUGACUGAAGAUUGUAGUUAUAAUUUUCAAGAUUUUGAAUCUUCUUCAUUUCUUGAUCAACUUCUUGUUGAUUAUUCUCCUGCCAAUAACAACUUCAAUACUUCUCUUUUAGAAAAUCCCAUCAUGCAGGAAAUAAGUAGUACCAUUAAUAGUGGAAGUUCUGGCAGUUCCUUUUAUGCCGCACCACCAAAUAUUAAUCACUUGAAAGAAGAAUCCAAACUGAGGAUAAUUAAGAAUGAUAUCAAGAUGAAUGAAAGACAUGUUGUUGCUUUUAGAACGAAAACUCAACUUGAGAUCUUGGAUGAUGGAUAUAAAUGGAGGAAGUAUGGCAAGAAGAAGGUGAAAAGUAACACAAAUCUAAGGAAUUAUUACAGGUGCUCAAUUCAAGAAUGCAACGUAAAGAAGAGGGUAGAAAGAGAUGGACAUGAUUCUAGCUAUUUGAUAACUACAUAUGAAGGCAGACACAACCAUGGAAGGAACUCCUCUAUUAUUUACAAUCAUGAAAUGCCACUCAGUUUGACUCUGAAAACAACGUAGCCUCAGAUUUCAUAACUUCUCCAUAAGAAGCAAUAUUGGGAUCCCUUUGUGAUUUUCGUGUACAAAUAUAUAUUGG